CACCCUGCUCCGCGUCCAAGCACCACCGCCGCCUCUCUGCGCCAGUACCACGUCCGCCAUGGCCACCAGCCACGAGAAGGCCGAAGUAGCCCAGCAGGCGCUUGCGCAGCACCAGUACCUGCAGGCGCUCGCGCAGCACGAGCAGCACUUGGGCCAGCACAAGCAGCAGGAGCAGCUGCAGCUGCAGACGAUGCAGGAGCACACGCAGAAGCACAGGUCCGCUCCGGGCAUGAGCGAGCCCAACGACAGCGGCCGCUCCUCGCCGCCGACCCGCGAGGCGCAAGGCAGCGAGCACUCCGCCACUGCGCUUGGUGAGACCGGCAGCGCCGCCGCCGCACCCAAUGACGGCAAGCGCCCCGUCGACGCGGCCGCGCUGGACCAGCACCGCCGUGCCCUCUUUGCCGAGCUGGUGCGCGCGGAUCCGCCGGUGCCGGAGCACGUCAUCCGCAUUCGCAUGCUCGAGGCCGACAUGCGCUUCAUGGACGAGCACGACGCCUAGGAGCCUCUACGAGCAAGCCGCGUCCGGCCCGCUGCGACAAAUGCAUCUGGCCUUGACCAUCCAUGCUGCACCUGUCUCGAGAGCCACUUUCCGCGGCGAACACGCUUUGUCUCACGCUGAUGAGCUGCAGUCUGGUGCCGUGAGCAGCGGGGUAUGCCAUUCGUGCUUCUACUUCUUCCGCAUCAUGGCCGCCU